AGCACAAUGCCACCUAUUUAGGGAAAAUAAUAGAGGUACGUUUUCACCAUGGAAGAGUCGACCGCCCGAGAACACCGUCACUGCAUGUGAGAAGUCAACCGAAAUUUCGAGCGCGCGGUGGUCGCGCUCACCAGCAUGCUGGGUGGAGGCACCGCGAGCGGCGAUUUGCCGGGUCCGGGCCUUGCCACUGGGACCGCACGUAACAUGGAUGCGUUGAACAGCAUGACCUCGCGACAGAUGAGGUGGUCCUUCUCCCGUGCUCGUCCAGCAACUACGGGACUGCUUCUCUCCCUGCUUCAAAGUCGUUGUGUAGUAGUAACUGGCUUCCCCGCGAAGCUCCGGUUUCACCAUGACCACCAGCACAGGCACCACAAGCGCAACAAAUUGAACUAUCUCCAAGGGGAGAAUAGCAGCAUGGAGCAAGAAAACCAAGCGGUCGAUUUGUCCGGGCUCAACUCGUUGAACAAGAUGUUAUCGAAUAGUUGGGAGGAAUUCACCGCGCGCAAAACGGAUUGCAAACAGAACGCGCAACAGACCGCGGAGAAGCUGCGACAGCUGGACGUAGUCGUGCAGGACACACAGACCAAACUUGCCCGCGCCACCGCGUCGCUGCUCGAAACGCAGGGGGACAAGGCCCAAAAGGAGCGCGAGCUCGCGCGCACCGAGGACGAAGCCGCGAGGGGAAGAGUGGAAUGCAGCAAGAAGAGCGAGGAAUUGCGGAAGGAACUGAAAGACGCUGAACAGGAGGCGGAAAUGACCACGGAGGUGCUGAAGGCGUCCUGUCCAGAGAAACUGGGGCUGCCGGUGGCGAAGACGGAUUCUGCGGCAUUGCAGCAACUUCACGUGGCGGUGAAAAAGUGCAGAAAAACUGCUUCUUCGACGGAAGGUUCAUCGAAAAGGACGAGAAAGUCAUCUUUAAAACGUCGUUCAAAGUCGAGGGAUCAUUCCCCCGAUGUCAACGGCACCACUUCUACCCCAGAAAGAAAACAAAAACUUCUGUUGCAAGGAAACGGUCACGAAGGUGUAGUUGUAGAGAAAACUACAGCCGCAAGUACAACAAAAACCUUCCCGCGUCGCAAGGACGUUGGUCGCGAAAAGGAGCACUUUCCUUUCAAAGACGACAUCGACGUCGUCGAGAAGCUGGGCGAGGGUACUGCGGAAAACGAAGACAUUUACCACCCGGCGCUCCGCCCGCGUGGGAAAAAUCGGCGGCGUUUUUCCCACAGAAAAAGAACCAGCUUCGCAAGCCUUUUUCAUCGCCGCGGAAGGAGAAAUAGAGGGCGAUCUUUCCAUCUUCACCGGUCAACAUUUCCGGUACGACACGGAAAUAGCCGCCGCGCACUGCUUUCUUCGUACGACGACACAAGAUUUCCGCUUCGUCGGCCGCAUUCCUGGUUUCAUCGCGGCGGUAGAAAUGCGCGCGCGCGUGGUUCCAGACGGGGUGUUCGCCACUACCGCUACCGGCCUAACCACAAUCCGCUGGUUCUUUACAACCUGCGAAGCAGCACGAGGAAGAGAAGCAGUCACCACGAUCAUCUGUACCACCAUAGAUCUUUCGUCCAGGUGCGGUUUGGACGCAGGCAUCCCUGGUUCAACCAGAAUUACAGGUUUGAUGAGUCAGCGAGACGAAGCAGCAGGAGCGACAUCGGGAACAACGCAGCUGCAACUCGGGCCGCGGGUGAAAAUAACAGACACACGCACCCUGCUCCUCUUCGUUCCUUGCAGCUGAUCCAGACCACGAUGCGCACCCUGCUUCAGGAUUCCCCGGAGCCGCUGCCCGAGGCGUGCACGCCGAAUUUGAAGCCGAACUGCGGGAACUUCGAGGCUGCCAUGACGCAAUUGUUGCAGUCUAGUGCGAUGGAAACGGGCGCGAAAGAGGAGGAUAUUGCGGAGUCGGAAACGGAAUGUAAGAAAAAUUCUCAACUGUCGAAGCAGCUGUCACAGCAAAUCCGGGACGAGCUGUCCACCUUGAACGCGCGGGUCGCCAGUUUGAUGGCGGAGUCGGGACAGGCCAAGAACGAGUUGGAGUUGAUUCUGCGGAAAAAAGCACAAUUGACGAACGAAAAGAUGAGUUCCCAGGACGACUGCGAGCGGGAAUUAGCGGAAUCCGACGACGCAAUCUGCAAGCUGCGGCAGGCCCGGGGGGAGAUGCUGGCUUUGAAGAAGCUGGAGAAAAAUUUGCCGCAGGACUGUGAGGUCACCACUUGGGACGUGUCUGACGCGGUCUCGGAGUGCCAGAAACAGUGUGGUAUUGGCGGUGGCACGAUGGCCGGGAAAUUUUUCUUCGCGCAGCGCGAGAUCAUCACCCAGGCGAACGAGUUCGGGAUGGCCUGCCCGAAGGAACUGGGAAAGAAGAUGGUACGGUUUUUGAUGUAAGAAAAACAUGAAGUUGUUGUACUUCGAUAUGCUUCACACGACGAGAGACAACACAGUAAAUCUGAGAAAAAUAAAGUUAGACAUGUCCAUGUGCAGCUGAAACAUUCUUCAGGCCUGCCCGCUCACGCUCGAAUGCCCGCAGGACUGCGAGGUUUCAGAUUGGUCCGAUUGGUCGGAGUGCAGCGCGCAUUGCGGGUCCGGGGUGCGUAUCAAAUGCAAAAGUGUCUGGGUCUUGAAGAUUCCGAAAUUUUUCAUGCAGUUUCUCCAAGCUACCCCACGUCUGGAAUGCAUGGCCUAGCGUCACAGGUUCUGCAGCCUCUUGGUGAUUCCUAUCCUGCAUGAGAAAUGCCCUCUCAGGAUGGCCAGAAAUAGGCACCUUUUGCAAGUCAUGCAACACAGAUUUUUGUAGGAUCUGCAACACGCAUCACAAGUUCCACCGUUCCAGACCCAGACAUAUUUGCAAUGCAUAGUGCGGCACCGCGUUCGCUCCGUCGUGAAGGAGGCCAAGGGCGGGGGGAAGGCGUGCCCGAACACCUCCGACAUGGAGAACUGCGCGAGCAAAACCUGCAAUGCGGACUGUCAGCUGAGUGACUGGACUUCGUGGGACACGUGUAGCCAGACCUGCGGCUCGGGCCUGCAGGUGCGGCGCCGCGACGUGAUCUCCGCACCGGAGGGCAGCGGGCAGUGCGCCGCCCCCUCCAGUCCGCUCCGCCGCGAGUUCAAGCCCUGCAUCGGUGGCGGCGGUGGGAAAACACCUGCGGUGGUCGUGCCUGCAGCAACUGGAAAUGCCGGAACAACGUCGAGCAUGACGAAUAGCACUAGUACAACCUCCGGACAGCUCGUGUCCUGUGCGAACCGGAAGUGCCAGGGCAAGGCGGAUUUGGUAUCAAAUGCAAAUAUGUCCCGGUCUGGGAGUACGCGGACUUGUCAUGCUAAGUCUGGAUCAUGCAAAAAUUUGUGUUGCAUGACUACCAAAAAGCUGUCCACUUUUGAACAAGAGUAGAGGCAGUUUCUCAUGCAGGACAGGCAUGAUAGAGACGUCGCAGAACCUGUCAUGCUAGGUGCUGCAUUCCAGACCUCGUGGGGCAUAGAAAUUCUACAUGACAAGUUUGUUUGCAUUCUUCCAGACCCAGACAUAUUUGCACUUGAUAGUUGGUCAUUCUUCUCGACGUGUCCGCCGGCAACUCCGACGUUCCCGGGUCGGUGGCCGCGGUGAAAAAGUUUGUAACCGGCUUAGAUUUAGCUGCGGACAAAAUGAAGGUUGCCGUCGUAACGGUGAAGGGGCCCACGUUUCUAGAAAUGCUCGCCGUGCACGCGCCGCAGCAGAAGAGGGCCUUGGAAAAGCUGAACGACACGAUGCGAAUUGGGUCAGCAGCAGCAUCUUCGUUACUACAAGAAGCGGAAGGUCAACAACAGGAAGAGCUCGCAGCUCCCACCGCCACCACCGCCGCACCUUGGUCAGCCGAUUCGACUGCGGUAACCGCCGCCUUGGACAAAGUCGCAUCUUCCACUGCUGUGACCCCUUCCGCGAACGGCGGGCCGUUCGACCUGUAUCGCGGACUCUCCGUCGCGCGCGAGCUCUUCACAUCCCCAGGGGCGCGGUCGGACGCGACUCAGAAAAUUCUGAUUUUUUCCGCGACUAAUUUCCUCCCGAACUACCAGAAGAUGCAGAUGCUGCAGGGGCAAAACUUUCGGGCGCACUUACUGUCCGUGAAGAUCGGUGGGAUGAGCGGUCUGGCAAAACGGUCCUGGGUCAGCUUGUCCCGGGAACUGAACCAAAACUUUCCCAAGGCCACGAUCAACCGUACCGUGUUUCAAUUUGCCGAUCUGAAAUCCUUCGAAGCGAAAUUCGCAGAAAAAUUACUUCCCAGCAUGUGCGGGGUCGACUUGAAAUAGAUGUUUUGUCGUCCUCGCACAGGAUUUUUAUUCUUUUCCAGAUCGCGUAGUACUGCGUGAAGCUGAACUGAAUUCGAUCAAUCGAUAAUUUUGACAAAAAGCCGGCCUUGGAAAAAGAAAAGAACCUGAAAACAAAUUGAUGUAUUAGAAGUGCU